CUCCUCUCUCUCUCUCCCACAACAACGCAACCACCCAUCACCCAUCAUGAGCGCUCAAAUCCUCUCCACCAUGAUGACCCUCCCUCAAACCCUCAAGGGAAUCUUCACAAAAGAGCGUCUCUCCUCCCUUCGACCCAUCGGGGAAUUCUUCGACUAUCAACGAAUCUCCCGCCCCCAAGACCUCAAUGAAGCUACGCAGAGAAUCACUUAUAACACGCGACACUUUUCUGCAAAUUACCUCGUACUCAUCGGUCUACUGGCCGUCUAUGGUUUGCUGACAAGCCCGCUACUGCUCGUGGCUAUAGCCUUUUUGGUGGGGUCUUUUGCGGCCGUCAAUCGUUUUGCGCCGGAACCGCUGCAGGUGGGGGAGCAUGUGGUUACGCAGAAGAGUCUCUACACUGGUGUUGUGGUGGUGGGAGUCAUAUUGCUUUGGUUCGCAAGUCCUUUUGGUCUCCUCUUCUGGCUCAUUGGAAGCUCAGCAUUCCUCGUUCUCGGGCAUGCGGCCUUCAUUGAACCGCCAGUCAGCUCAGAGUACACGGGAGUCGAGACGGUAUAGAUCGAGAGGGGAGAGAGGGGGGGAGGUCCGGGGGGAGAAUGCAACGAGGAGAACGCAACAAGGAGUUGGGCAACGAUAUACUGUGGUGAAGCCAGGAGGAGGGAGGAGCAGAUUCGAGGGCCGGACGCCCAUUGAGCCCAACAUAUGUC